UAUUAAAGAAUCAGAAUCGUCGAGUUGUAUAUCUUUUGAGGUCUCCAAACUCAGCGGACAACAAUCGCGAAUGAUUUUUCGCGUUCUAUUCUUGUUGCAUCUUCGUAAGGUUUCUGUGUGCGACGCUCAAGGUACUCCCAAGGUAUUCCCAAAUCCUGCGUAAUCUAAUAGAGAACUCUUUAAGACUGUUUGGCGACUUAGAAAGUUAUUGUAUAUAGUCGUAAAUACGUAAGAUUGCGAUGCGUAUUUAAGCGCCGCUUGCUGUCGCGGCGAACUCCGAGCCGCAACAGAUAGUGGACCGAACAGGGAACUCUACUUGCAAGCUUCACAGAAGGCCCGUUACGAGACAUCACGCCGACGACAGCAAUCUUGCGGUGUAUUUGGAUUAAUUCACAAUUUAUCAUAAUUUUAUUCAAGUAGCAACAACAGAGUACAAAUGUCUCUUGCAUCCGGACCAAGCCAUGCAGCCUACACGUGGGCAGUGCAAGGAGGCGGAUUUGGUAAUCAAACGGUGGUCGACAAGGUGCCACCGGAGAUGCUGCACUUGGUCGACGCCCACUGGUACCAAUUCCCACCAAUGAACCCUCUGUGGCACGCAGUCCUUGGCCUCGUCAUUGGAGUCCUCGGCGUAAUAUCCGUCAUCGGUAACGGCAUGGUGAUAUACAUAUUCACCACCACCAAGAGUCUUCGCACUCCAAGCAAUCUGCUCGUCAUCAAUCUCGCCAUCUCUGACUUUCUCAUGAUGUUGGCCAUGUCUCCAGCUAUGGUGAUCAACUGCUAUUACGAGACUUGGGUGUUAGGACCCUUAUUCUGUGAACUAUACGCCUUGGCGGGCUCCCUGUUCGGAUGUGGGUCCAUAUGGACAAUGACGAUGAUCGCAUUCGACAGGUACAACGUAAUUGUCAAAGGUUUGUCUGCUAAGCCAAUGACCAUUAACGGCGCCCUCCUGCGCAUAUUUGCCAUCUGGAUUUUCGCACUGAUUUGGACAAUCGCGCCAAUGCUUGGGUGGAACCGCUACGUGCCCGAAGGCAAUAUGACCGCUUGUGGUACCGACUACUUAAACAAGGAUAUGUUCUCCAGAUCAUACAUCUUAAUCUAUAGUAUCUUCGUCUACUUCACGCCAUUGUUCCUCAUCAUUUACAGCUAUUUCUUCAUUAUUCAGGCUGUCGCUGCUCAUGAAAAGAAUAUGCGUGAGCAAGCAAAAAAGAUGAAUGUCGCUUCCUUACGAUCAGCUGAAAACCAAAACACCAGUGCCGAAUGCAAACUGGCAAAGGUAGCUUUAAUGACCAUUUCUCUAUGGUUCAUGGCGUGGACUCCUUACCUAGUCAUCAAUUAUGCGGGCAUCUUUGAAACAACCAAGAUCAGUCCACUCUUCACGAUCUGGGGUUCACUCUUUGCGAAAGCCAAUGCUGUAUACAAUCCUAUUGUGUAUGGCAUCAGUCAUCCCAAGUACCGAGCUGCUCUCUUCCGGUUUCCAUCUCUGUCAUGUACUACGGAGCCGGCGCCUGGCGCGGAUACAAUGUCCACGACUACUACGGUUACGGAAGGCAAAAACCUGCCGCAUAAAAUCAUGACUCUGUACACAUCGAUUUUUUGACAAUGCAUUUUACAAAUGAAUAUAAUACCAUGACAUACUCUUA